AUGUCGCUCCGAAAACCGGCCCCGUUUAUUGUUUCAACAGAUGAGAGGAAAAAGAAAAAAGAAGAAAUUCAAGACAAAAACGUAGAUAUGGUCAGUCUCACACAGCUUAUUGGCCAAAAGUUAUUAUUUCAAGGCAAACCAGAAGAAGCUGUACCAGCAGCACUGCAAUGUCUGAAGUUUACAGCAGAUGCAUAUGGACUAGCUAGUGUCGAACUGGUAUCCCCAUAUCUGAUUCUCGCUGAAUCCAGUAUUGGUCUCGGUAGACUGAAUCAAGCUGAAACAUACCUUGCGCAAGCUCAAUGGACAAUACUUAAAACCCAACAUGAGUGCUCUAAUGGUAUACGAUCGCAAUUACAUCGUAAACUUGGUUUGUUGUACGCUGCUAAGGGUGACUAUGAGCUGGCACUUGAAAGCUUAGCUAAAGAUAUAUUCUAUGCAUCGUGUGAAUAUGGAACUGAUCACAUUCGCACAGCAGGUGGUUAUUUUCAAAUGGCUGAAGUAUUUUAUGCAAUGCAUCAAAGAGAUAAGAACAAUGAAAAUUUAAUAAAUCAGGAGUCGUCUGAUAAACCGUCAACAUAUGUUUAUCCUUCAGUAACACCGAGAUCUCUUGGAAUGGUUUCAACUGGAAAAACUUACGGUUCAUUCCUUUGUGAAGAAGCAACAAAGCAUGACGUUAAUUUAUCAAAAAACUCUGAGUUUUCUGUUCAGAUGCCUAUGUCAAAAGCCCCAGUUGCAGAUGAUUUAUAUGCACGCGUUGUUAAUAUAUGGGCUGCGUAUUUGGGCGAAUUGGUUGAAAGUCUGUUGUAUAAACCAGUGAUACCUGAAGGAAUUGGAGCAGUUGUGGCUGAAAUAACUCAAGAAACGAAACAGACUCUAGAUGAUGCACAAAAAGCAGAAGCUGAGAAAAUGUUAUAUGCCAUCGAGAAAUAUCGUCAACAACGCAUCAGUGAGGAUGGAACAAACGCGAUUAUGCAUAAUCCAGUUAGACCAGAUCCCAAAGUUCGAUUAUAUUUAACCCUAUCGAUGUUGAAUUAUGUUUUAGAGAGAAAGCAAAAGGCUAUACAAUAUUUAGCUGAAGCUAAGGUUGCUGCUGAACAUGCUCCAGAACAUCCAAAAAUAAAAGCCGACAUCAACUUAAUGGAACGUGCACUAGAAGAAAAGACUCAAACAAGUUGUAUAAAGGUCUCGCAAUAAGUUAUACCCCUCAUUCUCAUUGUUUCAUACUUCACCUUAUGCUUCAGUGUCUUCCCUGUUCAUUUAUUUUCUUUCGCUUUUUAAUUCCACUAAUGGUUUUGUAAGUAAUUCUCCUCUUAUCGAUAGAAAUUACCUGAAAAUUUUAAGAGUUUGCCAAACAAUUUGUUUGGAUUUUGUGAUCAUUAAAUAAAAAAUGUCAAUAAAACCGUCAGCAACAGCUAGACCAACAGUGAAUAAGGAACAAAAACAUGUCAUCCACGCUGUGUUAUAAACAUGCCAAUAGAAAGCUACAAUUUAUCGUUUUGAUUUGUAGGUGUUUUGUUUUCUGCUUUUGAAAUAUUUAUGGUUGAUAUGGCAACUGUGUAAUUCAAGGAAGUCGAAGAGUGAACUACACGUAG